AUGGAACCCGCCACUGCACUUACGACUACAGAUCUAGGUGAUGGUGAUAAUGAUGAAAUUGGCUGGGAACAUGACGAGGAAUCAGCACCGAGUGCACUAUUUGCCGCGGAAGAAGAGCAGCCUACAGCAGAUGCUGCCGAUACAGAUGAUCAUACCCAGGAUGGCAUCCAGGAAAUUGGAACCACGGCCAAUGAGUUCCCUUCCAUCACAGUCCACUACAAAGGAGAAGAAUUCCCCUUUCUAGCGCAUUCCAACGGCUUCUUUUCCGAUGCUUCUAUUCUAGACGAGACGAUGGAUAAGCUCCUGUCAUCACUGCGCACAGAGUUGGAAAACGAGCUCACCGAACAAGACGAGGUUGUCUUCCAAGUCGACGAGCUAGGUCUUGAAUUUUCCCAGUCUUCUCUCCAAGACUCUAUGGCGUCCUUGACGCUACGACAAAUCCUUGAAAUCUUUGACUUGCUUGUAAAGAACCAAGAUCCGGAUAACAGCCGCACCCUUUUUACAUAUGUCAUCAUCCGCCCCAAUACGAUUAAACGCUACGAGGCACUUGUCGAAAGUGCCGCUUCUGGAAAGGGUCUGGAUGAGGUCAUUCACCUGUUCCAACCAACCCUUCCGUCACCCGACACCGGCACAGCAGACCACAGUGAGGACUACGACAGCCCAGAAGUCGAGGGGUUCAGAACACAAGAAGCUGAAGUAGAUGAGGAUGAGAAUGACGACGAAGACGACAACAACAACGAUGAGGAAGAUGAAGAUGAAGACAACGAUGAAGCUGACGAUAUCGAGGAGGAAGUCGAAGUCGAAGUCGAAGCUGAAGCUGAAGACUCAGAGGAGCCUGAUGCCGACGAGUCUGAAACACUUGAUCUGGACGAUAUGCAGGAACCAAACCAUAUGGAAGAAGGCGACGGAGCCGAUGGAGAGGAACCUGAGCACGAACAUCUCGAUGAAGUCAUAUUCGAAGAGGCUGGUGCGCGCACUGAACCUGGCGCCGAAGAUGCCACCUAUUUUGAUGAGUCGCUUCAGGAUGAAGACGGCAAUGCUGCAGACGGGUUCUUCGGCCAGGACGUCACACUAGUCGCUACCGAUUUUGGCACAGUGGACGACGAUGUCGCUGAAGAAGAGGAGGAGGAUCUCGCCGCCGAUAUCCUUGCAUCAACAACCAACGAGGAUGAAAUGGGAGAAAUCGACUGGCAAGAAGACGAAGACGCCGAUGGCGGCGAGGCAGACGGAUCUUCGGUAAACGGUAAACGCCCGCGAGCCGAAGAUGGAGCCGGUGUUGAGGAUGAGCAAGAUGCCAAACGCGUUCGCUCAUAG